AUCCAUAUAAACCUAGGUUGUUUCCUCCUGUUGAUUUCUCUCCAAUGUAUUUUUCGAAGUACUGGUACCGUCACAUACAUUUGUUGGUACAGCGUGUCAGCGUUGGUGUUUCGUUUCACAUAACUUCCUCGUGAUGACACUGUACUUGUUGUGUUUCUACUUUUCAGCGUCUCUCUCAUACUUCCUAGGUGCUGCUUUGUCAGACAUUUACUGGUUCUGAUCUGCGUCACGUUUCUGCUGCAGCACACCUGAUAAAAGCGGCACCGGAUCGCAGGUCAAGUCAUAUGAUCAGGAAGUCUCUGCUUCUCCACACGACUUGGUAAAACAGACCUGUUGUUCCGAUCCAUACAGUCACAUGCUACUUACUGUCUUUUUACGAGACUUUGAACAACUCCGCCCCAAGACACAACCCUAAAAUAUUGUAGCAGCUUCAAGGAAACAUACUACAUAGAUCACAGCUACAAUACAUGAAAUAAGUAAAUUCUGGUUACUUGUGUACUGUAUCUAACCCUUUACAGUCCUCACCACAGCUUUAGGUACAAGAAGGUCCAAUUCUGCUUGCAGUGUUCUGGAUAUUUUGUGGUUUGCACAUUCCAAGCAGCUCUUCAAUGUACUAUAAAGGAGAAAAUGAAUCUGACUGAGUAUUUUGCAAGAAUCGGCUACAAAGAGCCCAGUCACAAAGCUGAUCUGAAAACUCUGACCGAACUACACGAGCACCACAUCAGGUCAAUCCCGUUUGAAAACCUCAGCAUUCACUGUGGGGAGAAAAUCACCUUAGACCUGGAAACCAUCUACAACAAAAUUGUGAGAAACAAACGAGGGGGAUGGUGCUGUGAAAACAACCAGCUCUUCUCCUGGGUGUUGAAAGAAAUGGGGUAUGACAUUACCCGGUUGGGGUCAAGGGUAUAUGACAACCUCAAGGAUGAUUAUAACCCUGAAGAGUCACAUCUCAUAUCCAAGGUGAUCAUUGAUGGGAAGCCAUACAUAGCUGAUGUGAGUUUCGGUGUCUCUGGUCAAAUCUGGCAGCCCCUGGAACUCAUUUCAGGGAAGGACCAGCCUCAGCUUCCUGGCGUCUUCUGUCUCGUUGAAGACAAGGGUGUCUGGGUCUUGCAGAAGACUAGACGCAAGCCUCAUGUUCCAAAUAAAAGCUUUGCUUGUUCCUCUCUGGUUAACAAGAGUCUUUCUAAAAAAAUCUAUUGUUUUACCAUGGCACCACGCAACAUAGAUCAUUUUGAGCAGAAGUGUACUUUUCUCCAGACGUCUCCAGAAUCCUUGUUCACCAAUAAGUCUAUCUGCUCCUUGCAGACCACCACUGGGUUUCGCGCUCUAAUUGGGUGGACUUAUUGUGAGGUCACCUAUAACUACCGGGAAGAUAUUGAUCUGGUUGACGUGUCUACAGUCCCUGAUGAAGAAGUGGAGAAGGUACUUGAAGAGAAGUUUGGUGUGGUAUUAGAAAAUAAACUUAUACCUGUCAACAAUAAAGCCUGUUACAAUAUCUAGGCAUCUCUGCAGGGUAAUCAAUAUGAUCAAUAAUGUUAAUUUGACAGAAUGAUUAGUAUCGGAGCUGAAGAGCAGAUACACAGAUCUACUAUUAAUAAAAGGGAUGCUCUGCUUUGAAAUCAUGUAUUUUUGCACAAAUUGAUUCUAACACCCUGCUCUGGAAUUUCAAAUCCAUGCUUCAUCACAUUUUGAGUAAUCAAUAGAGAAUUGUUUUGGCAGGUUAACUGCUGUUGUUUGGACAACCUUUGAUCAGGUAGCUAGAAUAGAGUUGUGCCCACUCAUUGCAUUAAUGAGACAGAUUAAAAGUGACAAAAUAUCUAUAUCUAUAUCUAUCUAU